CGUGUGGUCAGUGUCGCCUGAUCAGUCUAAAACGUAUAAUUUACCAUGCGUUGCCUCCUUCUGCCUGUCUGCCUGCUUGCCAUUGUGGUCCUGACUGCGGCCCAACUUUGUCCGUGCUCUAGGGAAUGGGAUCCUGUCUGCGGAUCGGAUUCUAAGACUUACUCCAACCCUUGCCUCCUCAAGUGCGCUGGGGCUUCCUUUGUCAAACACGGACCCUGCAAGUUGCUUAUAUAUAUGAGUGUUGGCACUUCUAAUACAUUCAGUCGCCUGAUCAGUCUAAAACGAAUACUAUAUAGUACCAUGCGUUGCCUCCUUCUGCCUGUCUGCCUGCUUGCCAUUAUGGUCCUGUCUGCGGCCCAUCGUUGUCCGUGCUCUCUGGUAUUGAGCCCUGUCUGCGGAUCGGAUUCUAUCACUUACCCCAAUCCUUGCGUCCUCACGUGCGCAAAUGUUACCAUGGCCAAACGCGGACCCUGCUAACAGGAAAAUAAAGAUACAAAAAAUCACAAAGUUUCCCAAUCGGAUAAUUUUGUUUAAUGUAAAAUAAAUUUAUUCGUUUUAA